UCGCCGCCGACAUCCCCGCCCAAGGACUUCCCGAUCGGACCCGUUCCUGCGUUCACAUGCAGAUUGCGAUGCCACAAUUCGUAAGUAGGAGGCUGGUAGGGUUGGACCCGAGCGGUUCGUUCCGCUGCGCUUGACAUCUUACCGCUGUAAAGAAUGACGGCACCCGGAUCUCGGCCCCACGCAUAAGGUACCCAGUUCCAGCGAUGGCGAGUUUGUCCCCUCAGGCCUCUCCGGUGCUGCGCGCCUGUGAACGGCUUCUUGUCGUCAUCGUCGUCAGUAGCCUGCACCAAUCUGGCUUAGUACGAGGAGCCGCCACUUCAGAUAUCGAUUUCGCCCCGAAGGUCAACAGGCGAAUGAACCGCUUCGUCCAGGCCAGUUUGACCGCGGAGUCGAUGCUUCCCUGCUCAUCUUCUGGCUUCUGCAUGGCUGGUCGCUACAUCCCGGCAGUCAUCGCAGACCGCAACGAGAUGGUUGCGUCAAGGUGGUGUUCGUCGGCAUCGGAUCCAUCAUGGCGGGCCGUCGGUUGCUGCACUCAGGUCCCUGUCACCAAAGUCUGUGGGUGUGCGCUGAUAAUCCCAUCUCACAUCAUCGUCGGAUAGAUCUACCACCAGCGUCCUCUUUCGUCGGUCCCACCCCAGUUCGGUCGAGGUCAGCGAUCUAGAUCCCGGAGCGUGUUGCUGGGGCCAACGGUUUGUGAUUCGGCUCCAUCGCAGGUGA